AAAGUUUUUAGGUUUUAAAAAAUAGUAAAGUUACACCUUUACGUGAUCUCUUUUCUUCACGAGCCUUUAACAUAUCUGCUUUUCAAGGGAAACGAGCGGUUUUUGUAUAACCUUAUAUAAAAUUCAAGAACCGAGAGUGUUUAAAGAGACGAACUAUUUUUUAUUAUUAUUAAAAAAGGUCACUACAGACGUUUACAAUAAAAUCUUCUAUUGAGAUAUUAUGGGAAAGAUUAAAAGAAAAGACAGUCUGAGCGACUUUAAGGCUAUAACCAGGAGCUCAGCUCUUGAGUGUCUAUCACUUCAUAUAUCGAAGCUUAUAGAAACGGCCAAAAAUAAAGAGGAAGUUGCCUUGGAGCUAAAAAGAUUUGAAGAGUUGUACCAUCGUUUUUUGGUCUUGCAAGAUUCCAAGAUUGACUGGAGGAAAAUUCAACCCCCUGAACAAGGACUUGUUCACAACCAUGAAAGUCUUGAUGAUCCGCCACUAGAAAGAGCUACUGAAAUGCUAAAUAAACUAGUAGUUGUUAAGCUUAACGGAGGUUUAGGAACGACUAUGGGCUGCACUGGCCCCAAAUCCGCGAUCGAAGUUCGAGAAGAGAUGACCUUUCUGGAUCUUACAGUUCAGCAGGUGAAGUGGUUAAACUAUACUUACAAUUGCAACGUUCCUCUAGUGUUGAUGAACUCCUUUAACACUCAUGAAGAAACUGAAAGAAUAAUCGGAAAGUAUAAGGGAGCCUUGGUUCAAAUAUUAACUUUUAAUCAAGCUCGCUAUCCCCGUAUUGAUAAAGAAACGUUACUACCCUGUGCGAGCGAUUAUGAAGAGGAUGACUCUGAGUGGUAUCCUCCCGGCCACGGAGACAUUUACUUUGCUUUGAAAUAUUCAGGGCUACUGGACUCUUUUUUAAAAGAGGAUAAAGAGUAUAUAUUUAUUUCCAACAUCGAUAACCUCGGGGCGACGGUCGAUCUUAAAAUCUUAAAUUAUUUGGCCAACAGUGAUUGCGAAUUUCUUAUGGAAGUUACCAACAAGACAAUGGCGGAUGUCAAAGGUGGGACUCUGAUCAGUUACGAAGGGCAUAGUCAGCUUCUUGAACUUGCACAAGUCCCGAAAAAUCACGUAGACGAGUUCAAGUCUAUAAAAAAGUUUAGAAUUUUCAACACCAACAAUUUAUGGUUGAAGCUGAAAGCAAUAAAGAGAGUGUUAGCUAAAGACGAUUUCGACUUGGACAUCAUCGUUAACGAGAAGAGGGUCAAAGGAAACCAGAAAAUCAUACAGCUGGAGACGGCUGUAGGCGCCAGUAUAAAGUACUUCAAUACUGCUAAAGGGAUCAACGUCCCUCGCAGUCGCUUCUUGCCGGUUAAGACAACCUCUGAUCUUCUCCUGGUUAAGUCGAACCUCUAUUCUUUAAAACAUGGGGGAUUGCUUAUGAAUCCUGAACGGCCGUUUCCAGAAGUACCGUUAAUCAAACUUGGGGAAGAACAUUUCAAGAAUGUCCAGCACUUUUUGCAGCGCAUCCCGAACAUUCCAAAUAUUAUAGAGCUGGACCACUUGACUGUGACAGGAGACGUGACCUUUGGGUUCGACGUGGUCUUGAAGGGGACAGUCAUUAUUGUCGCCAAUCACGGCGAGCGCAUCGACAUCCCUUCUGGAGCAAUUCUGGAAAACAAAGUUAUUACUGGAAAUUUACGAAUUCUGGACCACUAGCCAAGAAAUUAAAUUAUAAAAGAGGCGCCAGUGGAACAAAAAGCGCUGGAUUAUUAAAAGCUAUACCGUGAUUUUAUAAAUAAACGAAUGGCUAGCAACUGGUAAAA